GUGACUCGCAGAACCCUUACAUGUGCCUAAAUUUACGAAAUUACACAGAUGGCACCGAUACACAGAAAUUACGGACGCCCCGUGCCGGGUUUUCGACGCUUUCGUCUACUGUCCGAUCUCUUCCUUGGCCGAUAGGGGGGAGGUGGAUUUUAUCGUUGGUGGAUGGCGUCCAAACUGCAUCAGCUUCGAUCUAAGGCUGUUCAAGCCUCGGAGUUUGUGGCCAAGAACGGGUGCGCUUACUACAGGGAGCUUUUGGAGAAGAACAAGCAGUAUAUUGUUCAACCGCCCACCAUCGAGAAGUGUCAAGAACUGUCAAAACAGCUGUUUUACACACGUCUUGCAAGCAUCCCUGGUCGUUAUGACUCAUUUUGGAAGGAGCUUGACGGAGUGAAGCACAUAUGGAGAAACAGAAAGGAACUUAAAGUUGAGGAUGCUGGCAUCGCAGCAUUGUUCGGGCUUGAAUUAUAUGCAUGGUUCUGUGUUGGUGAGAUAGUUGGAAGAGGGUUUACUUUCACUGGCUACUAUGUUUAGAACCCCUGGUUAUGAAGCAAGUUGACAAUAUCCCGGUCUAAAUUUUUAUUGUUGGAUGAUGAGUUUUUUACCUCA